AUCAUUGCAUACCACCAGGUGUAAAGGUGUGCCAUAACGUCGGUAAAGACAAGUUUUCUCGCGAGACUUUCUUUGUCUUCCUGGACCAAAUAGCAUCUGAUAGUACCGCGAAGAGGGCCAAACKUAGCCGCUACCCCCACUCUUAUCCUGGGACGUUGUGUGCAGUCUAUGGUCCACAUCUCAGGACACGAAUAACUUGUUGGCCCAACGGUCCGCUCCUUUUGAACGUUCUGCUAGGCCUAGACGGGUUUGGUGAAGACGACAGUGGGAUUGUUAGCUUGAAUGGCUAGCACGGAUACCAAGCUAAAGCAUUAACGUUACUAUUGGUAUGGAAUGUGGUGAUGGCUGUGGUCCAACCUUUGCUUGUGUAACUAGUUAUCUACAGUUAGCUGUGUUGAUUCAUUCUUUACCCCAACUUGAAGGUAAAGUGAUUAAUUUAACAACAUACGUGUCUUACUAGCUUGCUAAUUCUUUGUUUCCAUAAUGUUAGCUUGCUAGCCAGUUUAUUGCUAACGUUAGCUAUUGCCUCCUGUGACGGCCAAUAACUAACGAGUCAUAGCUAACGUAUCCAGCCAUCUAACGUUAGUUAGCUAGUCUGAUCUAAAAUACCUAGUUAACUAGACACCUCAUUGUCACCCCUGUUGAUUCGAUAGAUACACAGGCUAGUUUGAGAGCUAAUUGGCUAGGCAGGCCUGGGUCAUUUUGGAUCUGCCAACAGCAUUCAGUCACUCUUCUGGCGACACAGCAAGUUGGGGUCAAGAGACUCAACGCUGGUAUCUACUAAGUUAUUCUCUAAAACAAAACAUGGCCCCCAAAAAAAGACCAGUGCGACUUAACAUCACCCCCACCGCUGGUGAGGGAGGAUUGUCCACCUCCACAACCAUCGCAGCUGCCUCUGAUGCUAACCUGGAAGCCCUACAGAAGAAAUUGGAGGAGUUGGAUCUGGACGAGCAGCAGAAGAAGCGCCUGGAGAAUUUCCUUACCCAGAAGGCCAAGGUGGGCGAACUGAAAGACGAUGACUUCCACCGCAUUUGUGAGUUGGGUGUCGGUAACGGAGGCGUGGUCAACAAGGUGUGCCACAAACCCUCAGGCCUCGUCAUGGCCAGGAAGCUGAUCCAUCUGGAGAUCAAGCCAGCCAUCAGGAACCAGAUCAUCAGAGAGCUACAGUUGCUACAUGAGUGUAAUUCUCCCUACAUCGUUAGUUUCUACGGGUCCUUCUACAGCGACGGCGAGAUCAGCAUCUGCAUGGAACACAUGGAUGGGGGCUCUCUGGACCAGGUGCUGAAGGAGGCCAGGAGGAUCCCUGAGGAGAUCCUGGGGAAAGUCAGCAUCGCUGUUCUAAGAGGGUUAGCGUAUCUACGAGAGAAACACCAGAUCAUGCACAGAGACGUAAAGCCCUCUAAUAUCCUGGUCAACUCUCGUGGGGAGAUCAAGCUGUGUGACUUCGGGGUGAGCGGCCAGCUGAUAGACUCCAUGGCCAACUCCUUCGUGGGAACACGUUCCUACAUGUCGCCGGAGAGAUUGCAGGGCACCCACUACUCUGUCCAGUCUGAUGUGUGGAGCAUGGGGCUGUCUCUGGUGGAGCUGUCUAUCGGCCGGUAUCCCAUCCCCCCUCCUGACGCCAAGGAGCUGGAGGCCAUCUUUGGCCGGCCCAUCAUGGACGGGGCCGAGGGAGAAAUGCACAGCAGCACCUCUCCCCGACCCAGACCCCCCGGGGGUAGACCUGCCAGCGGCCACGGUCCUGCGAUGGCCAUCUUUGAGCUGCUGGACUACAUCGUCAACGAGCCUCCCCCCAAGCUGCCUCAUGGAGUAUUCACAUCUGAUUUCCAGGACUUUGUGACUAGAUGUCUCAUCAAGAACCCAGCAGACCGGGCGGACCUGAAGAUGCUGAUGAACCACACUUUUAUCAAGCGCUCGGAGGUAGAGGAGAUGGACUUCGCUGGCUGGCUCUGUAAAACCAUGGGGCUGAACCAACCCAGCACUCCCACACGCACUGUAGACUAAUCACACGCACACACUCAAACAGACAUGCAGCGGCCUGAACACAUACAGACUAAUGGCCACACAUAGACAUGCAGCAUAUAUAUAUAUAUAUAUCACACACACGCUUUUCUUGUCAGCCACCUCUCCUCCUUCAGGUGAUCUAAGUAUGAACUGGCCCUAUUGGCCCUAAAGCCUCCAUUCAGUCACUCUUCUCUAACCAUUAGUGCUGAGCGAUUAACCAACAUUUCGUUAAAAAAAAUUGUUGUUAUUAAACAACUAAUUGACCGACGCUYUUUUUUUUGUGUGAACCCAAUGCACUGUUUCUCACGAGAAAUCAAGUCAAGAACUACAGUAUGUGGGAUGCUGGGCUGAAGGGAGUUGUAGUUUUCAUUAAGAAAAUAUUAAACCUAGUUCAACGCAGAAACGUGGUAAUUAACUACAAUGACAUUAAUCCAUUGCGUCUGUUUUUUCCAUCUCGGAUAGCCACUUCUUCUCUGAUACGUCUCUAAGCGAGAGGCUUCACUCGCCAAAAUAUGUCCAAAAUAAGCCGACCUAAGCUUGUCGCCUGCCUUCGCGCCUUUGGGACGAUUCCUGUUAUUCGGGCGGUGACAUGAGCAUCUCAACAUUAAAUACAGAUCUCUGUACGGAUAAACUUUCAUGUCUGCUACGUUAUGUACACACAGACUGCAUCAUGAGAGAGGAAUGUACACAACACAAUGASGAGAGGGACAGACGCUGUUAGUUAUCUACUUUGAAGAACUAGUCAAAUGAUUUCGCCAGACAGCUCUACAGCAUAGGCAGGCUAGCUAAAUAGGAUGACUAAAAACAGUAGAGUAUGGGGAGCACAUAGAUAACAUUAGAUGGCCUGGCGGACUGCUACUGCCUGAGCAGAGAUGAUUACUAUUAUUUUUCGUUCCUUAAAGUCAAGUAAUCAGAUAAAAACUAAGUAAUAUACACAACUAAAAUGUUUAAUUUCAUUGGAAUUUACACUCUCUAUUGAUGUCUACCCAAUGUGGACCUGACGGACAAUGGAAUAUUUAAGGUUUUGGCAAUUGAAUGUUCACUAUUUUAGGCUUUGGAAUUUCUAUUAUAAAACCCUCUAAAAUCAUUGUGAAUCAUUAUUUCAGCAUGCAUUCAAUAAUUUUUUCAAACAUUAUCAAAAUGAAUAACUGAACUGACCUCAAAGCACUAAUCGCUCAGCACUACUAGCUAUGUCAGAAAUAAACCCUCAGUUACAACCUUAAUCGGGAUUGCUUCACUGGUUGGGUUGGGCCAACCCCUGACUGUUGUCAGAUUCAUCUAUCAUACUGUAACAGAAACCUGCAUCCCCAUACCGCUUCCCCUUGUUGUCUGGAUGUUGUAAUCUGCAGUAUCAACGGGAUGGCAUCGAGGAGCUUCAUUCUCCAGGAAGAGCAGACAUAAUUUAUAAAGUGAAAGAUGGGCUCUGGUCAGAGGCUUAAUGUACACAUACUCCCUAGCCGAGCUCUGUGAGUUAACAAUCUUCACGGUCACCAUGUUGGCACCAAAUGUUUGGGUUUUGACAUGUCUAUCUACCUGCUGCAACUUCCCCUAAACUCCUUUUCUUGUUUUGGGUUGCUUUAACAUCGGAAGCCUUUUGAGCAGAGAGGUUAUGCAGAAAUAUGCACCCUCCAAAAAAAUAAACAGACAGGAAAUCUGGAAAGUUGAGCAAGACCUAUUUCAGUUUCCUGAGUAAAAAUACAACAUCUACACUUCAUCUGUUUCGAGACGAUAAUCUUUUGCAUUUCUUAUUUAUUUAGCUUUUCAAUUAAGAUUCACUCGGUAGGAACAGUAACCUCAACGUCAGUCACUCUGUAGGAACAGUAACCUCAACGUCAGUCACUCUAGGAACAGUAACCUCAACGUCAGUCACUCUAGGAACAGUAACCUCAACGUCAGUCACUCUAGGAACAGUAAC